ACAUCAGCCAUCAUCUCUCGCUACAAGUUCUCUGCACUCAAAUUAAUCCCGGGCGGUGAAAAAUGAACCUCUCCCCCACCCUUGCAGCCACCCCUCACUUCACGCCCCCAGAGAAGAGUUUCUCCAUCCGGCAACUGGUGAGGGCUUUUUUCCAAGUCACGUGAUCCAGGAUGCAGGGGGAAAAUCCUUCUUGGAACAGAGCUGAGGGCAGAAUCGAGUCAGAUGAGGGGAGAUAAGGUGUGAUGAGGGGCAGACUAUAUAAAGCAUGGAGCCAGGGCUGCAGCAAGCAAGCAGCUGCGGGGCCCCUUCCCCGGACCCAGCCAUGCAGAUACCACCCGACUCGGUGGCCAGCCCCUGGAGAAGUACGAGGCCUUGGAGAAGCUCAAGCCACAGCUACUUCUACCUCAGCACCACCGCCCUGGUGUGCCUCGUUGUGGCGAUGGCGAUCAUCCUGGUCCUGGUAGUGCAGAAGAAGGACUCCACUCCCAGAACAACCGACAAGGUUCCCCUUAAAGGAGGAAAUUGUUCAGAGGAUCUCUUAUGUACCUUGAAAAGGACUCCAUUCAAGAAGUCAUGGGCCUACCUCCAAGUGUCAAAACAUCUCAAUAAUACCAAACUGUCAUGGAACCCAGACGGCGUCAUCCACGGAGUCGGAUACCAGGAUGGGAACCUGGUAGUCCAUUUCCCGGGCUGGUACUUCAUCAUUUGUCAACUGCAAUUUUUCGUUCAGUGUUCAAAUCAUUCUGUGGACCUGUCGUUGAGGCUCCUCAUCAAUACCGAGGUCAAGAAGCAGGCACUUGUAACAGUGUGCAAGUCUGGAAUUCAAACCAAGAACAUCUACCAGAAUCUCUCUCAGUUCUUGCUGCAUUACUUACAGGUCAACUCUACCAUAUCCGUCAUGGUGGACAAUUUCCAGUAUGUGGAUACAAACACUUUUCCUCUUGAAAAUGUGCUGUCCAUCUUCUUAUAUAGUAGUUCAGACUGAAUAGUCGCUCUCAGCCUUUAGGUAGAAAAAAUGCUGUCUACCACACAUUACUUCCAAAUAUGGGCAAAAGGAAAAUGUUAGGACAACUGAAACUCAGUGUAUGAAUUAGUGUACUCCCCCUCUGUCCUUUGGAACGAUCCUGCCCCAGGGCUUAGAAAAGGGAAGUCUCUUUCAGGUGGAUAGCAAGGAAUUAAUGUAGUAUGUGGACAGAGACACACAUGGGCACCAGAAGGGGUUGGGUUGCCCCAGUCUAACCACUAAUUCUCUGUUUGACCUGGAGACAUUUUUUCCUCCCCUGGAAAUCAGGGUCUGAAUCUGAAAGAGUCGGAGGUGGGAUUUGUGUCUCCCCAAUGUUUCCUUCAUCUCAGAAGUUGACAUUUGUGACCUGAGAUUCUAGAUUGAAUUCUGGAAGGUCCCAAGCAGAGGAAGGCCCCAGUAUCAUGAUGAAACUAAUACCACCAGGAAGGCCUGUUUGCUUCUCAUCUCAGCAGGUCAUAGGGACUUCCAUGCUGCCUUGGGGAAUGACACUCCACCAGCUUGUAAUGCCCAAGGUGAUGCUGCUCCUUACCUAGGGAGUAGCUGCUGCCAUCUCCUGGGAUGUACACGUAGAAUUCCCUGCUACAAACACCUCUCAGUCCAUUCUUCGUGUGGUUUCUAAAUCCCAGAAAAAAGUUGUUGACAGACAACAAGGAUCCUGAAAAGGGGGAGGUCUUUUGGGCAACAAGAAUCAAGAACCUCUCCUGACCUGAGAGGCUAUUCAGUUCCCCUGGCCUCAUCAAGCUUGAGAUUUCUACACCAUUGAGGGAGAUCAAGUUUGGUAAAUCAUUUGAAUUGAUGUGUGAGCCCUAGGAGGGGUGCUUCAGUGAGGAAAGCAACUCCUGCCAGUGUUGGAUGGAAGAAUGGAAUAAGACAACUUUCUCUGAAGGCAAAGAGAAGAAUAACGUUUUCCAGAGAAAGGCUAGAAAAGAUUUAAAAAGUUAAGAAGAAAACUUGGUUCUUUUGAUGUGUGAGUGGAAAACAGGAAAACAAAAACGACAAAGAAGAGUGGCUACAUCAACCCCUCUUUGGCCUUCUCUAUAGGUAUUGGAAGAGGAGUUGCAUUGUACAGGUCAAGUUAUGGGACAUGGUCAAAUAGAAUCAGGUUUUGUGAACACAAGGCUGGAGAAUAAGGGGACCUGCAGUAUUUGUAUUGUACUAAAAUGUGGGGCAAGUGAAUCUUAGGGUAAAUCAACUAGAGCAUUGUAGAAAAGGCACCUGUAACCUACAUGGGAACUAAGCAAAUGCUAUCCUCAGAUGCUGAGUCAAGAAAGACUCCAUUUUCAUUUUUCAUAGACUAUUCUCUGGGUAGAGAGAGGUACAUGAUCUUUGCAUUAUUAUUUGAUCUGUUCCUAAUUGCAAUCUCUGUGCUCAGAAAGUCAUUCACCAAAGACAGGAGGGCAUUUCAUUUUUUAAAAGAGUGAAAUGUAGCAAAAUGAAAAUAAAUAAUAGACAACUGGAAUGUAAAUAGGAAUCCAGGGAGUUUAAAACUAAAUUACGAUAAUUUUGAGGGUAACUAUCCCCCUUGGGACUUUCUGGUACAUCUGUAAUAAUUACAUUUUUCACUGAUGUGACAGAGUCCCUGAUAGACAUGAUUAAAGAGAAAUAUUUAUUUUGGCAAACACUUUAAGAAAGGAUACAUCCCACCUCAGCCAGGAGGCACAGCAAAAGGGAUAUGAGGGCACUGGUCACACUGGGUCCACAGUCAAGAAACAGAGAGACAUGCAUGCUGAUGCCCAUCUUAUGCCCUCCUUUUCCCCAUUAUUCAGUCUGGGAUUCUACAGGAUAGCACUGCCCACAUUCAAGAUGGGACUCCAAUCCUUAGCUGAAUCUCUAGAGACACUCUCACAGAAACAGUCAGAGGUGUGUCUCCUAACCCUGUCAACUUGACAAAGAUUAAUCACCACCACACAUAUGUAAGCAAGCAUGCCAUUUAUAAUGAAGCUACCUAAGAUAUAUACUUAUUUAGUAAAAAUUUAGUGAGUUUCCACACUAUGCACUCAUGUGCUCCUCUUAUACUCCACCCACAGUAUGCAUGCAAGAGCACACACACACACACACACACACACACACACACACACACACACACACACACACACCAGUACCCUGCAGAACUUAGUGAAGAUCAUUCGUAAAGAUGACCAUGCAUAAAUUGAUGAAAUGUUCCACUUUUAGUGUGCAAAAACAAAAGUAUCCCUGAUGUUGAGAGAGAGAGAGAGAGAGAGAGAGAGAGAGAGAAGUCAUGUGUGUUUCUCUACAGUCAGAAACUGUUUCCACCCCCUCUCUAGUGCCCACAAGUGUCCUCUGCAAGCUGCGUGACCUGAUACCUUUUCAGAACCCCCAGCCACAUAAAAAAUGGCUUGGAGAAUCAUUCAGCGUCCAGAAAAGGUGAAUGGACAAAAUACUGAGAUAGAAUUUGCUGAGAGUUUGAUUAACCACAUUCAGCAAAAUAUCAUUGAUUAUCCCGAAACAGAUGAACUCUCCAAUUAAAAAGACAAAGAAGCCGGCCAGGUCACCCCUGUAGUGAGGUCAGUCAGCCUGGUGGAGUUCCCACAGUGUAGAAGGUAAGGGGGACACCUACCCUUAUCCAGUCCUCGAGGAGGACGCCUGCCUGCCUGCGUUCUCACCACACUUUACUGGGUCUCCUGUAGCCUUGUGAAAACCUUCAGGUCAUGUCUUCCCAGCCCCACACUGAAGUGGCCCCCAGCAUCCAGGGAAUCCUCUGCCCUUCUCUCUAGACCCCAGCCAUCUCCAUCUUCUCUAUAUUUGGUUCCUGGCUGAGUCAUAGAAAAGGGCUAGAGCUGUUUAAGUAUUGACCCCCAGAACCAAAGAUGUUUGUGAUCAAGCCAAUGUUAUUUUUGAUUGAGAUAAUAAAGCUUGUCAUUUAAUUUGAACCUAUGCACAUAUAUUGGUGUACAUGCAAGUGUACAUGUAUGCUCAUAUACACACAUAUGUUUGUGUGUACAUUUUUCCAGUCAUGUUUUACAUGUCAUCUGCUUAGUCUGGCUCAGGGGAGGAAGCCUGAUUAUUGCUUUGGGAAUUGCAGAGUUUAUAUAUACUUAUAUUUAUUUUUAAUUAAGAAGAGAAGUAUAAAUAAUAUUUCUCCUAGGCUUCAUCAGCUUAUUUAAUAAUUAUUAAUAUUUUGCCAUAUUUACUUCUGUUUCUUCUAAAAUAAAAAUGCAGAUAGAGUUGAGCCCUACUCUCCCAUCCCCCACUCUCUUUCCAUGGAAUCAUAACUGCUGUCUGGAAGUCUGUGCCUGCCUUUCAUUUAUAUAAAUUUACAUUUGUCUUCUAAGGAUACAUAGUAUAAUUCUGUGUGCUUUAAAUUUUUUAAUAAAAUGUACUUUAU